AUGUCCACGGAAGUCAAUCCCGCGUACGGGAGUUCGCUACCCAUGGUCAAUGCAAAAUUAGACCUUUUCAAAACGCCGCCGACGGACAUCAGUACCUCUUCCUACCUUAUGGUACCCAUUCAACCGUUCACUACUGGCACGACACCCAUUGAUUUCCAAGUGGAUGCCCAAGGGGAUUUUGUGGAUUUGAAUCGAAGUGACUUCGAUGUGGAAUUACAAUUGAGUUCGACUGAUAAUAAUAACUUGGCUAGGACUGCCGAUGACACAGACACCAUGAUUGCACCCGUGAACAAUUUAUCUCAUUCCAUCUUCAAACAAAUCAACAUGAGAUUGAAUAGAACUCUGAUCAGCGAACAAACAGACACCUACCACUACAAAGCGUAUAUGGAAACUCUAUUACACAACAACAGACAAAGACGGUGA